AUGGUUAAAUGGUAUGCUGAGUACACGCGGCGAUGUCAGAAUGAUUCUGAAGUAAAAUUCUUAAGGUUUCCUUUUUUCUUUUGGUACGCCAUUUGUGAGGAAUCGGAUUCAUCGAGGAUCGAAGUCAUUUAUCUGGCAUCACAUCUGAAGUCUUUAGGAUUUAUAUUAAUAGGUUAUGUCUAUUUUUCAGAUACGUUGUGCCAGUCACUGGUGUGUAAGCGUCGGGAUAUUUGUCUUCUGAAAGAUACUUACACGGCAUUCUGUGCCAAUAAGAAGGAGAUACUACGCAAAGGCGACGUGAUAGUGGCGCAGACGGUGAGCGCGUCGGAGGAGACGAGCGGCGGCUGGGCGCGCGUGGACGACGAGGACGUGUUCUACGACGCCGGCGCCGACGCGCCCGAGCCCGACGCCGACGCGCCCGACCGGUGCGUGGGCUGCCCGGUGCGCGCGCGCGCCGAGUUCCUGUGCGGCUCCGACAACCGCACGUACUCGUCGCUGUGCCGCCUCGACCUGCACAACUGCGUGAGCCGCGCCGCGCGCCCCGUGCGCCUCGCCUGCCGCGGCUUCUGCCCCUGCCGCGAGCCGGAGCGCGAGCGCGACUGGCGCAAGGGUGAGCGCGACCGCUCGCUCGGAGGGACGGAGCGCAGGCUGCCGGACGUCGCUGACGCCCGCUCGUUGUCCGCAGGGCCCGGCCGCGAGCCCCACCGCGGCACGCACGCGCCGCCGCGCGGCCUGCGACGCCAGCGCGGCCGCCAGCGCGCCUCCAGGCGCAACUUCGACGAGUAUGAAGAUGAGUGGCGCCGCCGCAAACAGGAUCCGGAGCACAACGAGGUGCUGCCCGAGCGGCCGGCGCAGCGCCGCCAGGGCUCGGAAGGCUGCGCGUUGGAUAAGAUGGCCAACAGACUGCUGGAUUGGUUUUCGGUGCUGAUGGAGGAGGCCGGUGCCACGGCGGGUCCGGAAGACGGGUUCCCGAACGACUGCAAACCCGAAGUGCGUUGGAUGUUCGCGCACCUAGACACGGACGGCGACGGAGUUCUUUCGGCGACAAAUCUCUAUUCUCUGAGGCACGACGAGCGCGAGCGCUGCCUGCGGCCGUUCCUGUCGUCGUGCGGCGGCGCGGACGGCGCGGACGCGGGCGGGGUGUCGCGCGCGGCGUGGUGCGGCUGCCUGCGGCGCGCGGCGCGGCCCUGCGCGGCCCUGGCUGCGGGCCCCGCGCGCGCCCGCCGCGCCCGCCCGCGCCCGCCGCGCCGCCCGAGGGCGCGCCCGCCGACGACGAGGACGCGCCAGGCAGCGGCGACGCCGAGCUGCGCUUCUAGGCCCCGAGCCGCCGCGAGCCGACCGCAUUCGGCGGUGCCCGAACCCGAGCUCGCGAAUGCGACGAUCGUCGUCCUUUGA